UGACAAACUGCCACUUGAACAUUUCACAAGGAAUUUUGUGUAUAUAUAUAUAUAUAUAUAUCAUAUCAAAGCUGUUCAUAAUUCACUAAAGAUGUUACCCAAUUUCGCCUCGCCAUGAACAAUUCUGAUUCAUCGAGUUGUCUCGAGUCCGAGUCCAAUCCUCAGAGUGAUCGCGGAUCUGUAAUCUAUGGUCCUGGCAUACGGAUUAGCUUCUACCUACAAUCUUUUUUUUAUGUAAAAGUCAUUCUCGCCAAUCGGUCUUCGGAGGAAACUGCAUUUCCUGUGUGGAUUAUCAGUAUAACAAACUGCAGUCUAUUCAUCAGUGCUCUUUUACUUGAUGAAGAGUCCAAGUUUCCUCUGUUGGAUGCACUGCAUUCUUUGAAUUUACUAUGCUUGGCCAAUGUUACUAUAUUCCUAGUCUUGUCGACCCAUCUUCAUCAAACAAAGCACUCUUUUCAACGCGAAUCGCGCUCACUGACUAGAGAAGCAAGGAUUAUAACAUUGAUCAAAUCCCUAUCUCUUCGUCUAAACUAUGGGUUCGCUGUAUUACAAGCAUUCUUCACUAUGGCAUUCACGUUGUACUUUUAUGCAACAGUCAAGACGUUCAAUGAGUGUCUCAACACUAUCACCUAUACCAUCUUCAUAUGGAGUGUCCCUCUACUUUCUGGUAGAGUCAUCGGCCUCGUUUUUUCAAUCAUCGCUACCUGUGUCUAUGUUGCAAUCGUUGCCCGCGCACAGUGGAUACUACAGUCUAUGAACUCAUGGAUCUCAGAUGCUGAUCAUGAUACAUCGCCACUUCCGAGACUUGUCGUACAUUUCCCAAGAGUUUUCCCAAAGCAUGAUUCGCCAUGGACGAAACCAUUUGCAACUUGGUGGUCGCACUACCUCGAUGAUCGAAUUGGAAUGUCAUUUGGGAAACUAGGGUUUGGAAUGACGGUUUGGGUGUAUAUGGUUGUCUCCAAUGAAUUCUUGCUAAAGGAGAAUCAUGCUGUUGAUGCGUACAUGUUCGACUUUGCUCAGUAUAACGCCCUUUUCGCAGCCUUUCCUGCUGCAUUUGCUGUUUUCACAGUCUUUUACAAACCCAAAUCCACCACGAAUAAUUAUGAUACGACUUCGGAUACCCUUACCUAUACCGAUCUGCUGUUAGCAAGACCUAGCACUUGACACCUGAAAUUUUUGGCAGCGUGGAGGCACUUUCUAUUAUCGAUCCCUCUCAAGUUCGUUCAGAGCAUUCCUCGAAGAAAAUUAAGACCCUACUAGAUAUUUAUACAUGCUGCUCUAUACUUUAUUUUACUAGCAAGAAAGGUAUACAUAGGUUGAUAAGGUUCACUAACAGGAAACAAAAUAAUGAUAGGGGGUGCAAUACUUUUUCUACUUUCCAAUAGAUCCCAGGAACUUUGACAUAUCCAAAUCUUGAUAUUCCUC